UCCAUCUUUUUCUUCAACAGCUUCUUGAAAUUUUUUUCCUUGGGUUUAGGAAAGUUAGGGAGCCUUUCCCAGAUUCCUCACCAUGUGUGGAAAAGUAAUCAGAUUCCUCUUAAAUGCUCGCCCUUGACUUAACGUUAAUCUCAUCUCAUCAACAACUCGCUAAUCUCCUUCUUUUCUUCCCUAUAUCUCCACCCCCCCAUAACUUGGUGUCUUUCUUCAAUUUGAAGGUCUGUUUUAUUUCAUGAAGUGGUAGAGGCAAUGAACAGAGAAAUGGGACUUGUUUCUCCAGCUUCAUAUCUCAGCGAUUCGAGUUGGUUGUUCCAGGAGGAUACGGUCACCAAAUGGACUCCUGAGGAGAAUAAGAGGUUUGAAAAUGCUCUUGCCUUAUUUGAUAAGGAUACUCCUGAUCGCUGGCACAAUGUGGCGUCCAUGAUCCCGGGGAAGACCGUCAGCGAUGUGAUCAAACAGUACAGGGAAUUGGUGGAAGAUGUGAGUGAUAUAGAAGCUGGGCUUAUACCCAUACCGGGCUAUACCAAUAACUCAUUCACAUUGGAGUGGGUUAGUAAUCAUGGCUAUGAGGGGUUGAAACAGCUGUAUGGCCCUGGUGGGAAACGGAACUCUUCCACUCGAUGUUCUGACCAUGAAAGGAAAAAGGGCGUGCCUUGGACUGAGGAAGAGCACAGACUGUUUCUGUUGGGACUAAAAAAGUACGGAAAAGGAGAUUGGCGAAAUAUCUCUCGCAACUUUGUAACCACGAGGACUCCAACUCAGGUUGCUAGUCACGCUCAGAAGUAUUUUAUCAGGCAGCUUUCUGGGGGGAAAGAUAAGAGAAGAUCAAGCAUACAUGAUAUCACAACUGUCAAUCUUGAGGAAACCAAGUCUCCUUCGCCAGAGAAAGAUAGGCCCUCUCGCUCACCAGAAAAAUCAAACUUGAUCAUGCAGUCACCACAAAAUUUGGAUACAGAUGUUGUGGUCCGAGCAACAUAUGAUUCCAGCCUUACGAAUCCUGGAGCAGUGAUGGGGUUCAGCCCAGCAAACAGCAGCUUAAUGAUCACUCAUCUUCAAGGGAUGUAUUCAUUUGGGCUUAAUCUGCACGAACACCGUAUGCAGAGCAUUGAUUCACAUGCAUUCCGGCUAGGACAUCAUGGUACAAUUUUUCAGAUGCAUCCGACCCGACAUCUAUAAAGUCAGAAACACAUGGAGUACAAGGAUGUAUAUGAUAAGGAAGGCUCCCAAGUUAGUUGAUUUUGCCCAGAAAGUAUUAGUAAAUAUACCAACUUUUUAUCAGGGGCUUCUUGAUUUAUCAAUCGAUGACCUUUUAGCAGAUGAAACUUGCGUGCGUUUCAACAUCAUUUUCUUGAUGAAAAGGUUCGUGCGUAUGGAAACAAAACUAUGCUGCAGAUAAUGCUGCGUCGGGGUAACAACAUCAUCAAAUAAAAUGAUGCUUCCUCCAAGUUUACAAGGUAACCAAGAAUCCAGCUAGAAGAAAGAAGGCUUUCUGAUUCACGCAAUGUGUUUCACUAGAAAGCUUCUAGAAGUGCAUGUAGAUAUUAUUAUUGUUCAUUACAAAUUGCUAAUAAUGGAACUACCAUUUGUCUGGAAAAAUUAAGUGUUGUAGUUUACCCAAAUCAUCCGCAUAUCGUCUCUAAAAGUAUUUGCCAUUUGUUGUAGAAUUAGUUGAGUUGGUGUGUUCAAGUAAUUAUACGCAUAGGUAUUACCAGAAUGUGAUAUCCCAUUCUUCACAGGAAUUGAUGAAUGUGUGUGAUUCUGAACCGAAAUGUGCCGAAUCAGAGUGCACUCUUGCAGACAAUACAUAUGCUAUAGUCUGUUGAAUGAUUCCA